AUGAAGUCUCAGACGUCUCGUGUUCCUCGUAAAUUGCACUUCUUGAACCCGGUGUUCAACUGUCCGUGGGACAACUCGGUGUACCAUGAAAACGCUCGUCACUACGCCGACUUUAAGGCUCGUCUGCUGGCCUGUCUCCGACGUCGACGCGUCGAGCGGGACAUCCGUGACGACGCCAUGGCCCGCAAAUACGCUGACGUUGGUGCAGGCUGGCAAGCCCGUGUCGACAAAUUGGAGGCUCAUGCUCGUCGUCGACGUGACGACGCGAAAUCCCGCGACGUGUUCGAAAAGGUUUUCCCCGAGUUGCGGAAGCAGCGAGAAGAUAAGGAGCGGUUUUCGCGGGUCGGUUCCCGAGUGAAGAGCGACGCGGACAUGGAAGAGAUCAUGGACUCGUUGCAGGAGCAGGAGCAGGAGGAGAAGCGGGCCAGGCAGAUCGCCGUCAUCCCGCCGGCGUUGCUGAGCCUCAAGGAUCGUGUCCGAGGCUUUACGAAUGCGACGGCGGCCUAUAUGUUGGAUCCGCUCAAGACGUACGAGGAACGACGCCUGCUCAACACCUGGUCCGAGUCGGAGAAGGAGGUCUUUCGGGAAAAGUACCUUUUGCAUCCCAAGAAUUUCUCCUACAUUGGCCUGAGUCUGGAAAGGAAGUCCGUCGCCGACUGCGUCCAGUUUUAUUAUCAGAGCAAGAAGCAGGCAAGUUUUGUGAACUACAAGCAGCUAGUGAGAAAGACACGAGUGCGGACGAGAGCACGAGCGCAGGGUGGCGGCGGAGGGGCGGCUGGUGGCGGUGGCAGUGGCGGCGGCGCCAAGGUGGGUUCAGCUGCUGUGGGUAGCGCAGUAGGUGGCACCGGGUCCCAGCAACAACCCGAGGGUGCCGUUUCGGUCCCUGGUGUCACGACGAGAGCAGCUCUCCAGGCCGCCGCCGCAGCUGCAGCACAGCAACAACUCCAGCGUUUUAUUGGCGGCGGUAGUGGGAAAGAGUCGCGACGCGUCGGUGGCGCCGGUGGUAGAAACAGCACCGCUGCUGCUCGUGCUGCUGCUCGACAGGACACUGAUUCCUCCGACGAUGAAGACGUUGCUCUCAACGAAGGAAAAGGCGGUCCUCACACGUGUGUGGUUUGCGAAGCGAGUCUGGAGCACUUCGGACAAUCGAGAGCCGCCAAGCCGUCGGAUCUGGUGGCACACGACUUGAAGCCAGAGGCGGUGACGGCGAAUGCGCGGAUUUGCACUGCGUGUCGGUGUCGAUGGGUGCGACGGCGGCACGUGCCGACGUGUCCCGUGUUGUCGUGCACGAAGCCCAAGUGGCGCGUGAAAGGGCUGCGGCAUUUGCCGCCGCGCUGGAACCAAGUGGCGGCUUCAGUGCGCGAAGCCGUGGCCAAAGAGCUCCAGAUUCCCGACUCGUGUACGAAAUGCUGUGCCGCGUGUUUCAAUAGGUUCGUCGGUUAUUGCACUGUGGAAUUUCCUGAUUAUCAGGGGAGAGUUCUAAAGAUUGCUAGGAAGAUUGGAUCGCAAGAUUCCUCAGGAACCGCGACGCCGGCACGAACAGAAGACAAUUCUACCGUGACGGCAACAACGACGACCACGAGCACCGUCGUCGCCGCGGGGAACAAGAAGCCGCAGCCGCCCACUUCAGAGCCGCCGAAAGCCGGAGACAGUGUUGAGCAGGAAGACGCGGAUGAGACGGAAGAAUGGCCGUCAAGUGAUGUCGAAAAGCUUAAAACUUUGUUGGCUGAACACGGAAUGAAGUGGGAGACGAUUGAGAAAGAGUUGGGUGGCGAAGGAGCGGGAAGAAGCGCCGAAUCCUGUAGGAAAUUUUAUAAUGCCAACAAGGACCGACUGGAAUUGUCGUCCAUCGUGGCGGCACACAGAAAGAAACAGAAAGAAGACGGUUUGCUUCCUCCGUCUGUCACAGACGAAGAAGAAAGUGGUAGUUCGACGAGCUCGGCUGACGAAACGGUGUCGGCGUCGGACUCGUCUCGACCUCAGAACUCCGCGCCGGAUCAGGCCUUGUCGCCGACGCUGACGUCGAUUUUGGGCAAAGAGCGCGGGAUCGGAAGCCCGGGCAUCGUGAACAUGGCGACGAGCAUCGGGCCAAGAAACCUGGCCACUGCCAACUGGGCCCCGACUUCGUCUGCCGCGACGGUUUCUGUCCCUGCAGCGAGGACUUGUGAUGACGUCGGAGGAGGACGUAAGUCUGACGACGACAGUGGGAAUGAAGCGGAUGAACGCGGUGACCGGGACGCCGCUGCUGACGACGAGGAAGACCGGAGGAGAAAUGAUUCGUUGCCCCAACCCCCGCCGAGGCAGCUGCAAUCCUCCACUUCGGUGUGUCCGCCUCCAGCUCACAGUAAUUCGAAGCCGACAGUCAGACCGCCGGAUAUGUUGAGGGAAGGAGACGCAACGGGCCGGGGACAGAUGUCGCCAGCUGCGGGGCAAGUAGCCACUGCUUGUGGAGGUGGUGUUGGGGUUGGUAGUAAGUUCCCUGCUGCGCCCGGCAGCGUGAUGAUGUCGGGCUCCAUCACGCACGGCACGCCCGUCAGCCACGGGCCGCCACUUCCGGCGGCGCCCGUUGCGCGGUUCGACGCCGUUCCCGGAAGUCCCUAUUUGCACCAUUCGUCAUCGUCGUCGUCAUCUGUUGGAAGUAGGGGUUACCCUGGCCCACAUCACCCGCACCCGGGCCACCCGGGUUUGCCGCCUCAACAACAACAACAGCAGCAGCAGCACCACGGGCCACCGGGCAGCGAACGUGACCACCCAAGCAGUGCAGGCAGUGGGAGCAUUUCCAACAGAGACCUCAUAAUGAGUGACUUUAUCACUUCCCAACACAUGGCUGGAAGUGGACGAAGACACGCGGAAGGAGGGCCAGGGAAGCCGGUGCCGGUGUCGCCGAGAGAAGGACAGGUGGGACGUUCUCCGUGUCCGUCGCCGAUGUCAGCGGGUGAACGUCCUCCGCCGCGGUCGUCACCGCUGGCGGGAUCCGCCGUCGACCUCCGGGACGCGGGUGGCCGAAUGCCGCCUAGGCCGGGGGACACCCGCUACAUGGUCUAUGGAUAUGGGCCUUAUGGAGGGGGCCAGCCACCGUAUCAGCCGCCGUUCGGAGAUCGUUACCCUCCGCCUCAGGCCGCCAUGCUCAAGCGGGAACAGGCGCCACAUCCGCCUCCGCCAUCUCACCACCACCAGAGCCCCUUGGAUACACUCGUUGAUGUUGCUGUGGCGCAGCGAGACGGCGGCGGUUCCCGUGACCGCGAUCGAGACGCUGAAGAUGAUCGCGAAGGACUGGAACGAGCCAUGGCGGAGAAUGUGCACAAGAAUCGUUUGGCGUACUUGCCGCCUCCGCAUCCGCAACAGCAGCAGCAACCGCCUCAACAUCCGGGUCAUCAUGGUAUGCAUCGAAGCGUGGGCGACGAGCAGCAGGACAUGAGAAUGGCUGAUCGGUACCCGCACCAGAUGAUGAUACCUAGGUUCCCGCCGAGUUAUGGUGGCCCGCCGCACGCGCCGCCGUCUUCCGCUUCUGGCGACCGAUAUCGCAUGCCACCUGGUGGGAGUCGAGAACAGCUGUUUGCACAGGACCAUUUUGAGCGUAGGAUGAAACAGCAAGACUCGGGUAGUCCAGCUGGCGGCGGACCAAAACCGCCGCCCCCGGGACGUUCGGGAGGCGCCUACCAUCCUCAUCACCAUCCAGCGGACGACGAUUCCUCGAUCGGCAAUGUUCGUGGGCCGCCAUUCCCGCACGGAUUCGUCGGCGACCCGCAGCGUGUCGGGAACCCACUGCCGCCGCCGCCGCAACAACAGCAGCACCCGGGUUCUUCGGGAUCGGGCCCACCACGAGGAGGUGCCAGCGCCUCGCAACAGCAGCAGCAGCAUCAGCCGCCUUCCUCUGGAGAGUCAACCAUCACGGCGGCGAACUUGAUUGACGCCAUCAUCACGAAGCAGAUCAGCAUGGAGAUGACGGCGGAGAACGCGGAUUUGCAGAAGAACUCGGACGAAUUCUUCCGCAAGUACGGACAGCCGCCGCAGAUGUCGCCGCAGCAGUUGUCGCGGACGCCGACGCCGACUUCUGGUGGUGGUGGCGGCGGCGGUGCUGGUGGUGGAUACCCACCUUAUGGUGGCAGAAGAGGUGAACCUGUGGGUGACGACGACGACGACCCGGGUGCGGGUGGCAAAAGAAACGGCAUGAUGUCCAUGAUGAGAGGGAUUCCCGGUGGUAUGAUGCCGCAAGGAAUGUCUCCUCAUCACGCUGGAUUAGGACGUCCAUCUGCACCGCCGUCGUCGCAGCAGCAGCAGCAGAUGCGGGCCAGGGCUGCGGUUGUUGGUGUCCCUGAAAUGCGAAGACCUGUCCCGUUGCCAGCGGCUCCUAGUCGACCAGAACCGUAUCAAGGCCACCUGCCUUGGAAGCUGAAGAACAAGGCGUACAAUACGGAGUCACACCUACACCAGCCACCGGCCAUUAGUCCGUCGGAGAUGCAUCCUAGGUCGCAGCAGCAGCAGCCGCCGUCGAGACCGCCGUCGUCGUCGUCGGGACCGCCGACUUCUUCCUCAUCGAGUGGCGGCGAUAUUCUCGCACCGGACGAGAGGCACAUUAUUCGAGUACCGACUCAGUCUCAGCAGCAGCAACAGCGAUUGCAAGAGCAGCAAAUGCGAGGCCAACAGGUGUCGCCGCCGACGUCGUCUGCGCAGGAAGAGGCUGUCGCUCGAAUGCAGCAACGAAUGCCGCCGCAGUCGUCGCCUGGCCAGCAAAUGCGGCCAGGUUCAGGAGGCUACAGUAAGCAGCAACAGGAGGCCAUGUCACCGCCGCCGUCGCAUCAUCAUCAUCCGCAUCCUCAUGCGCACAGACACCAGCUUCCAGGGCCGCCACCGUCGCAGCAGCAGCAGCAACACCAUCACAUUCCGCAGCAUCACAUGCAGUCCGGCCCGAGGUUCCACGGUGGGCCAUCUCCUGGCCCAGGCGGCCCACCGCCACCGCAGUCCAAGUGCGCCUUUGACGAGUACGUGUGCAACAGGAUUACGGAAGUGAUGCGGACGUCCGAAGACGGGGCAGAGGAUUUGGCUGCUCACGGUUCCCAAAGAUGUGGAAGCCAGCAGAUGCAACCGCCGUUGGCGCCGCUGGUGGUGGACACUCAUUCGCAGCACCCUCAUCAGCAAUCGCAUUCUAGGCCGGGUUCGGGUGGACAUCAGCACCAGCCGCAAGAGUCGAGUCCUGGUGGACUCAGGAGGCCCAUGUCCCAUCCACCACCGGUGUCACCGCACCAACAACACCCCUACCAUCCCCACCACCACCCGAUGCACCAUUCCCAGUACAGGGGGCCAUCCAACACCCCUCCAGCUGGCCCACCGCCUGUUUCUGCUCCCGGAAAUUUGUUUCAACGACCGAUGAUGAGCUCUAGCAGCAACCGUCCGGGCAGCACGGAGGCGCCCAGCCCUGGACGGCCCGUGUCGUCUUUCAGCGCCUCCCAACAGCCGCCGCCGCGACGACGUCCGCCUACCGACGGGCCAGAAGACGGCGACGACGUGACCGGAUCCGACGGCAGUAAGAAGCCACGCAUGGACUACCAACAGCACCAGUUCGUCGGGUCGUCGCAGAGCAAGUACGAGCCGUUGUCGGACGACGACGACGACAACCGACGGGAUUUGGGGGCUGGUGGCCCCUCAGCGAACAAGUGAAGCGACAUCUAGGAACGGUGUGUCGAAAUUGCAGAGGCUCAAGGAGAGGGGGGUUGAACCGUUGUUUUUGAAAUGUUCCGACGUUGAUUUGCGAUUUUGAAUUGAUUUUUUUCGGGGCUUUGAAUCCGUUUCGUCGUGAAUUUCGGAUGUAUUGGUUGAUUGAUUUUUUUUAUUGAUUUGAAGCGCGCGAUACGACUGAGUUUACCGGUCGUUUGUUUGAAUCUUCAUUUGCGGUUGGAAUUGACGAGUUGGUGUGUUUUUUCUCUCUUUUUUUUUAAACGUCGUUGCUGAGCGUGAAGCAAAGGGAACAUCGUGUUGAUAUUUACUGCUGUUGCCGGACUGGAAAAAGGGUCUCGAAGUUUGUUGAUUCUUGAGCAAAAGACGAGAAUGUUGUGUGGAUCAUGUUGAAAGAUUUGCGAAUUGAAUGGAGAAUAAGAAUUCGGAAUUUUUGUGCCGGGUCCAUGGCUGGAA